GUGAGGUUGCCGGUUGGUGAGGGGAUAUCCGAGGUCAGGCUGAGAAUGCGACCCCCCGGCGCUAUAGGAAGCGGCAUGAGAGCGCGUGGGGAAAAGCAGCAGCGCGGACGAGGCGCGGCCGCAGAGCGGACAAGGACGCGGCACGAGCGGCAGCAGCACCACGGGCGUACGAGGCGCGCUAACGCAGCGGAGUCGGACGCGCGAAGGGACCCGCUCCGCCUUGUGCAGCAGCAGCAGCAGCAGCAGCAACAGCAGCGGCAACAGCAGCGGCAGCAGCAGGAGGAGGAGCAGGAGGAGACGCGCGCAACGAGGAUGAUGCAGCGACCCUUGGGCGCCGCUUUCAGCAUCGACGCCCUGAUCGGCAACUCGCCGCCGCCGCAGCCGCACAGCGCCCGACCCUUCCUGUAUGCGGGGUACCCGGUGUUCCUGCCCUACCGGCCCGUGGUCAUCCCCACCCCGGCGCUGCCCCACACCGCCACGCUGCCCGCCGUGCCCACGCUCAACCCGCUGCCGCUGCCCAACAGCUUCUAUGCGUCGCUGCCGCAGGGCCUGCCCACUGUGAGCCCGCUGCCCACGCUGCCCGGCGGGGAGGAGUGCGCCAAGGGCUACUCGGACGAGCUGCACGGCACGAAGCUGCCCCUGCAGCUGCAGGGGCACCGGUUCGGACUCGAUGUGCGGCGUGACGUGGGGGACGGGGAGCGGAUACCGACGCCUGGUCGGGACCGCCACUCCGCGUUCCUGUGCCGCGACUCGAGGCUCGACUCCAUCGUGAACGUGAACUCUGACGAUGACUCGGUGGACCCGGGCUGCGGCGAUCGGCGGGGCAAAGACGACUCGUCCUGCGGCGACAGCGACCCCGACUUCAGCGCAGCCGAGGACCACGCGACCCCGCUCGGCUACGCGCGACCCGACAGCCGCGCCACGUCGCCCUCCGACUGCGGGGGCGACCUCCUGCAGCAGAGGCGGGACGCGCUCAAGGCAGCCGCCGCCGCCGCCGCCGGGCUCUCGGGUGCCGUGGGGGCGGGACCGCCGGGUUCCGUGGGGCUCGGAGCCGGGGGUCUCUCGACCGGAGCCGCCGGGGUCGCGGGCAAGAGCCGGCGGCGGCGCACGGCGUUCACGAGCGAGCAGCUGCUGGAGCUGGAGAAGGAGUUCCACUGCAAGAAGUACCUGUCGCUCACGGAGCGCUCGCACAUCGCGCACGCGCUGCGUCUCAGCGAGGUGCAGGUGAAGAUCUGGUUCCAGAACCGGCGCGCCAAGUGGAAGCGCGUCAAGGCGGGGAACGUGAGCGCGCGGGCCGGCGAGCCGGCGCGCAACCCCAAGCUCGUGGUGCCCAUCCCCGUGCACGUGACGCGCUUCGCGGUGCGCGGGCAGCACCAGGCCGGGGAUCACGGGGCCAGGCCGUGAGGGUUCUGGUAGGGCCCGGCGAGAGGGCGAGAGAGGGACGAGGUGGUAGGGGUUGGCCGGAUUCCCCCCGGGGGACACGAUUUUCUACCGGAGCUGUUGUUGUUGUUACUCGCGUGACGGUGAUGGUGAUGAUGAUCGACCCUCUCAACAUCACGAUUGCUACUGUCACCCGUUAUUAUCGCUGCCACUGUUAUUGUGUCCACGACCACAAUCAGCAUCGCUCUCAUUAUUCCCAUCGCAUUCGUAUGACCGUCGUUAUAACUAACUUCACGACCAGAGUCAUCGUUACAAGAACUAACAAUGCCGUCAGCACUACCACUGUCACUAUCACUGCCAUCGUAAUCACAAUCGCCACGAUCACCGCCACCAACACGGCAACUAAGCACUUGCCCUUACAACCCUUGCCACGACUAUCACAAUCAUUGCCAUCACCACCAUCAGCAUCAUAAAUACAAGUGCUACUAUUUUCACGAAAACUACAUUCUCCACUCCAACUACCAACAUCCUCACCAUAAUCACCAACCUGUCACCCAUCCUGAUCUGCGCUACAUUUCCACCCUCAACGCCACCACCAUCAUCACUACCACUUCCAUCAUAUCCAUCACCACAACUCGCACAAGCGCCAACGUAACCACAAUCAUCCUCGCCACUGUCGCCACGUACCAACCUCGCCAUCAUUGCCACAACCACCACCACCGCGAUUAUUUCCGCCACGAGCAGCAGCAGCAGCAGCAGCAGAGCGCUGAAGGAAGAGUGCGACUCGUAGGGACGGGAUCGACCUUUCCCUUCUGCAUGGCCGAGGUGUUUUAUGUUUUUUUAAAAGAAAGUCACAGAUUUGCAUUGAGAGUACUGUGUUAAUAACACGAGCACAGCGGUGUGAAAAUAACCGAUACAACAACAGCAGCGGCAGCAACAGGAGGUCGUCACGUGAAGUCAAAGAUGACCACCCGUGCCCAAAGGGGGUCUUUGUUCUGUUGUUGUUACGAGUAAUCUUGUAUCACGAGCGCGGACAUCAUCUCCGGUAAGAACUGAAACGUCGCAAAUGAAACGCGAGAAGACAUGAGACUGAACGCGACAAAAAAACUUGAAAUUGUAACGAUUGCAUCGCUUCGAGCGGUCGUGCUGCUAUGAGAAAGCAGCUCCCCCCCCCCCCCCCCCACCACGUGAUGCGGUUGUUUCGGGUUGUACUGCGUGUUGUUCGGCAAAGGUGUACCGACGUUUCGCACCACUUACGUGCUGGGAAGAAUCUACAUCAGUUCGUGAACGAGCUAAACUACUGAGACGGAAAGAUAAGAAGUCGAGCGAUCGGCACGUGCUCGGCAAGGUGGCAGAGACCUCGGGUGACGCCUCUGGGCUGACGGAACCAGGGUUGGUGGAACCGGGAAAUUUGCGCGUCUUGGCCGGGCGCGUGCGAACAGUGAAGUGCGUGAGUCAAGCCCGGGCCACGUGCGAGUUGACCCGGACCCAUACUGAACAUCUGUGACGAAGAAGAAGAAAAAAAAAUGAGCUUCAUUUGCUCAUCGGAUUCUUCCUGCAGUCUCAAUCAAGAUUCUGAGCGAGCGUGCGAGCGAGCGGGCGGACUAACGCCUCUCACCAAUGAAGGAACAUUUGCACUGAACCGACUGCUUCUAAACAUUCCGGGCGCUUGAACGAAGCUCCGUGAUUCUCGAGACUCGGCGCGGCAAGGCCAUUAUUGGCUCUUCUUGCUCGUGUGUUUGUGUGUAUGUAUAUAUAUACAUACACGCACGCUUAGUAUAUAUACACACAAAUAAAACCCCGGGUUGUGUGUAGUGUACAUAUACAGUAAUGCUGCUAGGUUAAUUUACAUCUAGCGAAGAGAAAGUGGCGGAGAAGACAUAAUUACGGAUCGAUAAUGUGUGGAUAUGUAGCUGUAAACGUCGCCACAAUUCCACUCCCUGCCCCCCAAAACCCUCCCACCCCACCCCCGGGCCCCCUUACCUCCGUGUUUGUUAUAUUGAUCUCAGACGUCGCCUGCAUGUAAUAGCUGUUUGUAGACUUGUUCAAUAUUAUUAAAUGGUGGCCGCUUUGUGUGCCGUGACGCUAAUCCUCCUCCACGCGACGUUGUCGACGAUCGAUCACCUAAAGGUUUUUUUUGUGUGUGCGGUGCGCAACAAAAACACUUUAAAAAAAGAGAAGAAAAAAAAAGAAACUGCGAUUCGGCCGUGGCCGCGUCCGCGUAACGGGGAGUGGCGGGGACGAGGAAACCAGCGCUGAUACGGCGUGUUGGGGGGUUGGGGGGGGAAGAGUUUCUUCACGUCGCGUUAGGACAGCGCGUUGUGUUGAAGACGCGUGCGUCUCGCGUGCCAAACCAGGGGGGGGGCCGCGCUCCGGAAAAUAUCGAGGGUGCGUGGGCCGAGUCAAAGCACCUGCAUGCCGACAGAAGCAGACGUUCGCCACCAAGCGACGCUCGACGUCGACACGGCGCGUGUGCCAGGCUAGGUGCACCGCGAGGCGCUUUGCUGCAUGUACAACGACAGACAUGCGGCACGCACACUGGGGGCCCCGCGUAACGGCCAAUCGCGGCCCAGCGGUGACGCGCUCGCCACCUGUUGGGGACCUUCGCGGUUGUAACCAAGCGGCCGCCCCAGCUCAUUGCUCGCGGGUGGAAUACAUCGCAAUGCGCGCCGCCGUCUGCCUCGCGGCGGGACUUUCAAGGACGACUUUGCCCGGCGUCAUUCGCAAGAGUGGGCUAUUGGUUUAUUUUAUUUUUUGCCGUGAAGGUCCAAAUUUGGCAAAAUUUGAAAAGUGACCCACAAAUUACUCGAUUACCAGGAUUAUACCGAUACAUCGGAAACCCUCCAGGUCACUCUUGCAAAUUAGACUGUGAUAGUUUCUUGAGUUCUCACCCAUUAAUAGAAAAUAAACUUGAAGCAUAUUUGCAGUAACAUGCACACGCGCAGACAUAACGCUGUUCAUCGUGUGUAUACGGUACUUGUAGUGAGUGUACAGUACUUGUAUGCAGUACUUGUUGUAUGUAUACAGUACUCGUAUGUAUAAAGUACUUGAAGAAAAGAAGACUCGAUGUGAAAUAAAAAAAUUACGCUCUUGUGUAGAACGAUCGCGGCCUAACAACUUCGCGGUGUAUAGAUUGUAUGUAUGUACAUUUCAAGUUGAAAUAAAUUAUGUUUUUUUUUCCUUCUUCCCGAUAAAAAAAGAACCCCGCA